CACUGCAAACAAGAAAACAUCAGCGCAUACAAAUAUGAGAACAUUAGUGCAAAAUUUGUUGUUGUUAUAGUUUAUUUUCGUUAAUAGUUUUGUUUUAUCGCAAAUGCAUUGCAUGCACAAAUUGAAAGCGACGUGUUAACGCUUAAUGGUAAACAAUCCAAGGCGCGCGCGUCGUUACGAAGCAGCGUAAUCCCAUCACCAUUGUCGUCUAGAAUUUUGGUUUGGCCAGCGUUUAAUGGAUGACACAUCAUCAUGGGAAAGCUAUUAUCAAAAAUUUUCGGCAACAAAGAAAUGCGAAUUCUUAUGCUCGGCUUGGACGCUGCUGGCAAAACAACGAUCCUCUAUAAACUGAAACUGGGGCAAUCAGUGACAACGAUACCCACGGUGGGAUUCAAUGUGGAGACCGUCACGUACAAGAAUGUUAAGUUCAAUGUCUGGGAUGUUGGAGGGCAGGACAAAAUUCGACCGCUCUGGCGGCAUUAUUACACAGGCACGCAGGGUCUAAUAUUCGUUGUGGACUGUGCCGAUCGAGAUAGAAUAGACGAAGCGCGCACUGAACUGCAUAGGAUAAUUAAUGAUAGAGAGAUGCGGGACGCCAUUAUACUGAUAUUUGCUAAUAAACAGGAUCUAUCUUCAGCAAUGAAACCCCAUGAAAUCCAGGAAAAACUAGGCUUAACUAGAAUAAGAGAUCGCAAUUGGUAUGUCCAGCCAUCAUGUGCCACAAGCGGCGAUGGCCUUUACGAGGGCCUAACGUGGUUAACGUCGAACCAUAAAUUAUGAGAAUCAUAAUCAGAAUACAACGUAUUUCUAUGUAUGGCAUGUAUUAUUCGAAGCGAAACAAAAUUAUUAUAUUUUUAUUUAUACACAAGUCCGCAGACGUAUAGUGAAUAACCCCAACAAAACAAACAACAAUUGAGCAAAACAGAAAUUAACAAAGUUGAAAAUAGAAUAUAUAGAGAAGUCGAUAUAUAUUACAAUGCUGAUGAUAUAUAUAUAUAUAUAAAUAUAUAUAUAUACAUGUAUACAUAAUUAAUCAAUCAAUACUCUCACUAGUAAAAAUACACAAAAUAAACGAA